UAAUGAGCCAUCUUCUUUCGGUAUAAUGACGUAUUUUUAAGAAAGAUUUGGAACGUCACUUUCAUCAUUGGCGUUUCUGGCACUUGUGGUCGACCGUAGCACCUUCAUCACCCAAUUCUUUCAACCUCGUCUCCUUCCCAUACUGCUGUACUCUUGAAGCUUCUAAAGCUCUCUCCCCUUCUUCUUCUAUCCUCUUGCACGACACAAUGUCUCGCUCGGGAACCACUCUGUAUGUCACCGGGUUCGGCCACGGCACCCGGGCUCGCGAUCUUGCCUACGAAUUCGAACGCUAUGGGCGUCUUGUUCGCUGUGAUAUUCCUGCUCCGCGCACCCCUUCUAGCCGGCUGUUCGCAUUUGUUGAGUACGAAAGCCGCCGUGAUGCUGAUGAUGCCUACCAUGAAAUGCAUAACAAGCGUAUCGGUCGCGAUGAUCUGCUGAAAAUCGAGGUAAUAUUAUGUCGCACACUGAUUUCAAUAUGUCUUGGGCCCGCACUCCCCCUUCUGCCUCUUGGCGCUUUGACUCGGGCCGUGAGCCAGGCCGUGAUGCUGGCCGUGAUGCUGGCCGUGACCGACGCCGUGACCGCACCCCCCUCGUCGUGGUCGUUCUCCCUCCCCCGCCGCAGUCGUGGCGGUGAAUAUUCUCCUCGCCGCGAUGAUCGGUAUGAGCGGGACUAUGACCGCGAUUACGACCGCCGCGACCGUGAUUCUGACCGCCGCGACCGUGACCACGACCGCCGUGACCGCGACCGCUCCCGCGACCGCUCCCGCAGCCCUGAUGACCGUGAACGUGAAGGCAAGGAUGACCGUGAAAGACGUGAUGAUGACCGUGAGCGCCGCGAGGAGGACCGAGAGGUUGUCACCAAUGGUGAAGACAGGAAAGUACCCCUGGACCCAAUGCCCUCUGCUCAUGAUGAGCUUGAUACUGCUGAGUAGAUCAACUCACUACCUCGUCCUGUCUCGGAUCCCAUUGAUUGCAGAGGUGCCAGCUAGGCAAAGGAUAAGGUUAUUUCACUGAGGUGCCCAUCGAUGUGAUCCUGGUCUCACCCCACGGCGGAAAAUUUCGCGUGUUUUUAUCUUGUGCCUUUGUUGAUUCCAAAUGCCCCUGAAGCUU